GUAACAGUGAUACAGGCAGGGGGAGGAAGAGGAAGAGGAAGAUGGAAGGGAAUAAGGACGAAGCGGAAAAAUGUAUCCUAAUAGCAAGGAAAGCUCUCGAAGCUGGCGACAAGGAAAAGGCAUUGAAAUUUUUAAAUAAAGCCGAGAAGCUUUAUCCUACUAUUAAAGCUAAAGUACUGCUGGAUGCACUGACAAGGAAUGGAAACUCAGCUGGAAGUGGUGCUUCUUGCAGGAAGCCCACAGACAGCACUGACGGAGGCAAGCCAGAGAAAGAGAGCAACUCGUCAGGUGCUGGAGAGACUCCAAAGAGCUUCACCAAGGACCAGGUGGAGGGAGUACAAAGGAUAAAGAAAUGCAAAGACUAUUAUGAAGUGCUGAGUGUCACUAAAGAGGCCAAUGAGGAGGAGCUGAAGAAAGCUUACAGAAAGCUUGCACUGAAAUUCCACCCUGAUAAAAACCAUGCACCAGGAGCAACGGAUGCAUUCAAAAAGAUUGGGAAUGCAUACGCAGUGCUCAGUAACUCAGAAAAGCGAAAGCAGUAUGACCUGACGGGGGGAGAAGAUACCACAUGCAGUCCCCAGGGCCGGGGAGGAUUCGACUUUCACAGGGGCUUUGAGGCAGACAUCACGCCAGAGGACCUGUUUAACAUGUUCUUCGGAGGAGGGUUCCCUUCAAAUAGCGCAAGUACAUUUACAAAUGGCAGAGCCAGAUACAGCCCUCAAUAUCAGAAUCAAACGAGACGAGAGAGGCAGGAGGACAGGGCUGAUGGUGGGUUUUCAGUGUUUAUUCAACUUAUGCCCAUUGUAGUCCUGAUUCUAGUGUCUGUUUUAAGCCAGUUGAUGAUUUCGACCCCACCUUACAGCCUGUAUCCCAGACCGGCAACCGGACAGACCAUUAAACGUCAGACUGAAAACCUGAUCAUAGAUUAUUACGUCUCAAAAGACUUCAGAUCGGAGUAUAAGGGAAUAGCACUACAAAAAAUUGAAAAGGGUGUGGAGGACGAUUAUGUUUCCAAUGUCAGAAAUAACUGCUGGAAAGAACGACAAACAAAAACAGACUUGCUGUAUGCAGCCAAGGUGUACCGAGAUGAGCGGCUGCGAAGAAAGGCUGAAAUAAUGACCAUGGACAACUGCAAAGAGUUAGACCGGCUCAACGAUCUGUUUCGGGGCGGGUGAUCUGCAUGUCUUUCCCCAUUUAAUGUAUUCAUGUUUUAUAGCUUUUUUUUUUUUUUUUUUUUUUUAAAUGGCCUUAUUGUGGAAGUCAUUGAAGCCACUCCUAAAAAUGCCUUGUUGUAUCUUUAUUGACCAAAAAAGAGAAAGGCUAAUGUGCACCAAUGCUUUUUCCUCUAAGAAGCCUUCAAACAGAAAGGGGAGCAUUGUAGGAGAUAAUGAGACACUGUACUAGGCUUGACUUAGUAUGGCACAAUCUGCCUGUAGUCAUCAGCUUUGUGCAUUCUUUGUCAUUUUAGGUAAGCAUAUUUCUUUAUCCUUUUAAGACACAUUGAUUCUUCAUUUUAUUUAAAUCAUAAAUCUGUUCUUUUUAAAUUAACCCAUUGUAAUAUUACUUUUUUGUUUCAUGAUUUGAACAACAUUUUAAAUGUGUAAUUUUUAUUUAUUUUUUAAAACUCCAAUCCGUUGCACCCAUAAGUACUUCCACUCUUUUGUUUUCCAUCAGUCCAGAAGAAUAUACUUUUAAUAUAG